AUCACAAAGCACAAUCGUAUCUUACUUACCUUACAGGUAAGGAAGUGCCUUACCUGUUGACCAGCAGGGGAAGCCUCCCGGUUGUUAUUGAUCGUUGUGUUUUGUCAAGUUUCCCUCCCCUCACCCCCAGAUGGACGCCCGUCCCUGAACUGGUUCUGCUGAAGUUUUCUCCUUAAUCAAAGAUAGUUUUUCCUUCCUACUGUCACCAAGUGCUUGUACACAGAGGUUCGUCCGAUUAGGUCUUUACCUUACAAUAUAACGCAGCGACUGUUGUGAUUUAGCAUUAAAUAAAUAUAGUUAGUUGAAAUAAAGUGUUUGCAAAAAGAGGUGACUGUCAACUAAAGCUUGCACUUUUUAAGUUAAUGAGGAAAUUGCCCCACUUCUCACUUGAUUUAUGCCCUAAUUUACCAUUUUACUGAUUACUUUUUGAUGUUCAUUGAUAGUUUCAAGUCAUAUUUAAUAUAGCAUUAAUAGCCUACCUUGGGUAAUUGCUAUCAGAGGAGGUGCAGUCCUUACAUCCACUCCUUAUUUGACCCUGGUAUCUCUCUUAUUGUGAUUUGGUCCCUGCAGCUCUUGUGAGAUAUGACAGUACUGCACAUGCAUCAUGACAUGUGACCCCUUUCACAUGAUACACAUAGAUAACUGAUGCCAUGUUUGUGUGCUUUAAAUUUAGUCGGCUGCAGCUUGUCAUACCUGAAGAUUAACUAUGGCUUUUCCUGCUGUAGUGUAACGUUCUCAGAUGUAUUUUUCAACUGUGUCUCAAGUACAUUAAAUACGGCACCUAAAACAUGUUAAAAGAUUACCGGUGUAAAUUUUAACACUCUGUCGUGUGCCAGGUAUCAUCUAGAAACAAUACAAAGUGAAAUCGGUGAUCAAAACUAAGUGUUGUAAUGGUGAAAGAGCUUCAGCAUGUUGCCACAUGGAAUUGCAAAAAUCUUUAGAGAAUUGUUGCCGUUGGUGUUAAAACUUAAAUAACACCUUCCUCUUCUCCUAAUCACUUUUAUUGCCUGUCAAACCUCCUUUAAAUAUACUUUGCCUAAUCUGUCAUAUGGCACUCAUUUGUCCCGGUGAAAGAAGAGUCCACAGGAGUAGUGAUCGGGGGUGUUAUCUCUCAUCAGCACACUCAGGUCUCUACACUGUGGUAAAAAUAGAGUCUGGCCUUUGGUGAAGCAGUUUUGUCGGCGGCUGGUCUGAGCGAAACCCACAGAAAGUCAUUCUUCGUAGGGGAAGCUCACACUAUUUCAGCAGUUUCCUGUUGUGCCAGUUGCGUUUGUGUACACUGCCGCGCUCUGUGUGUGUGUUUGACAAGUGCAAAGGGGAACAGAAUCCUUCCACCUCACACACACACACAAAGUGAGGUCUCAGAUUUCCUGUUACCUUCAGCUGGAACAUUACAAGUCAGAAGGACUGAGAGAAAGCGGUGUAUUUCUUUGCGUCUGUGUUGGUGAGGGGUGCUUUGAAACCACAGCGCGUGCCCCGUUGCACUUGAUGGCCGCCGUGCAUCACCAUGCGACGUGCAUUCAGUGUGUUCAGAGGCUACAGGAGAGCCGGGGAGGAUGACGACGACGUCUUUGUGUGCAGCUCUGGACACAAGACAACAUCACCGACAGGUCAGGGCCGGUCCGACUCGCCUGUCUAUACCAACCUCCAGGAGCUGAAGAUCUCUCAGUCCAGCCUGCCUCCUGUGCCCUCAGGCUCCCCAAUCCACAUCCUGGGUGACUGGGAGACCCACAAAGAUCUGAGUGGCAGGCACUUCUACUACAACCGGGCCACUGGGGAGCGGACCUGGAAGCCACCACGCACCAGGGAUACUAGCAGCAGCACCAGCAGUACCCGAGGAGACAGUCAGUGCACAGCGGAGAGUGAGCCACUGUCCUCAGAGGAAAACUGCCACAGCACCCACUCCAGUCAGUCUGACAGCCAGUAUGGGUCACCCCCUAGAGGCUGGUCUGAAGAGCUGGAUGAACAUGGACACACCCUCUAUGUGUCUGAAUACACACAGGAGAAGUGGAUAAAACAUGUGGACGAACAAGGCCGACCCUACUACUACAGCGCUGAUGGCUCCAGGUCAGAGUGGGAAUUGCCUAAGUACAACAUCUCCCCUCAGCCUGGCGAGGUUCCUAAGAGUCGCAGCCUGGAGAGAAAGCAGCCGGAGCCCAUUGUCCUCACUAAGUGGAGGCACAGCACUUAUGUCUUAGACCUCAAUGACAAGGAGUGUGCUUCGGUGCCCAAGCAGAGCUCUCCAGACUCUGACUCCUGCCCCUCAUCUCCUAAGCACCCCUUGACCCCUUCAGAGAAGUGUGGAGUUCUCAAUGUCACCAAAAUCACAGAGAAUGGAAAGAAAGUCAGGAAGAACUGGACCUCCUCAUGGACUGUGCUGCAGGGCUCAUCCCUGCUCUUUGCAAAGGGUCAGGGGGGCAGCACCAGCUGGUCUUACUACCGCAGCGACUCUAUCCCAGAGCUGCUCCUCACUCUUCUUAGCAGCUGGAAGCACUCAGUCAAGCCCCGUCCCGCUGUCUCCUAUGUGAACUGUAGGCCCGGUCAGGCUGCCGCUAAGUUUGGCAGCAAUCAGUCUAAGCCUGAGUUCACUGUGGAUCUGCGCGGGGGGACAGUGGAGUGGGCCUCCAAGGACAAAUCAAGCAAGAAGCACGUCAUCGAGCUGAAGACCCGUCAAGGAACAGAGCUCCUGAUACAGUCUGAGAUCGACAGUGUCAUCAGUGACUGGUACCGCGCCCUUACAGAGACCAUCAACACACAUGCGUGGGAGUCGGAUGAAGCCAUUGAGGAGGACAUGCCAGAGUCUCCGGGAGCUGAGAAACAGGACAAGGAGAAGGAGCACCGGGACUCUAAGAAGAGCCGAGCAAUGAAGAACUCUGUGAGCAUGGAUUCAUCAGACCAGAAGAAAACCAGGAUGAAGCUCAAGAAGUUCCUGACUCGUCGACCCACAUACCAGGCUGUCCGAGACAAAGGAUACAUUAAAGAUCAGGUGUUCGGCUGCAGUCUGACCAGUCUGUGUCAGCGGGAGAACACAUCAGUGCCCAACUUUGUCACAAUGUGCAUCGACCAUGUGGAGAACACAGGUCUUAAUAUUGACGGCUUAUAUCGAGUGAGCGGGAACCUGGCAGUGAUCCAGAAGCUUCGCUUUGCUGUGAAUCAUGAUGAGAAGGUGGAUCUCAAUGAUAGCAAGUGGGAGGACAUCCACGUCACCACCGGAGCUCUCAAGAUGUUUUUCAGGGAGCUUCCAGAGCCUCUGUUCUCAUACGGAUCCUUCAAUGACUUUGUGAAUGCCAUCAAGUGCUCUGACUACAAGCAGCGAGUGAAUUCAAUCAAAGAUUUAAUCAAGAAGUUGCCAAAGCCCAACCAUGACACAAUGCAAAUCCUCUUCAAACACCUGAGGAGGGUGGUGGACCACGGAGAGGCCAACCGCAUGACCACGCAGAGCGUGGCCAUCGUGUUUGGACCCACGCUGCUGAGGCCCGAGACCGAGACGGGCAACAUCGCGGUCCACAUGGUCUACCAGAACCAGAUAGUAGAGCUUAUACUGCUCGAGUACGAAAGUAUUUUUGGUAGGUAGAGGUGCCUACUUAGGAAGAGGAUGCCACACUUUUCAAACACGGACUUGUUUUCCAUUUCCCCUCCUCUCUUUUGUUUCUGGACUGAACUGAACAUUGCUGUGGACCAAGCAGAAAAAAAAUUCCUGAAGUGUUGCACUUGAAGAAGUUUUGGAGAUGAUUUAAAAGAAAAAAACAAAGUGUAUAAAUCUCACCCACUUGUUCAGUUGCCAUUCCUGCUGCGAGUAGUGGGGCCAGAUGAGUUUUUUUCAGAGUGGUGCUGCGAUGACGUGUGGAUGAUGUGGUGGAUUUGAGUAUUCAGGUGUUUUUCACAUACACUGGAUUCCCUGUGGCCAGUAAAUGAAAGUGGAGCUGCUCGCGCCUCCUGGUGGAAUCCGACCAGCAGUGGUUCUGGUUUCUGUGUCGUGAAGCUUCGUUUGUGACGUGUGAGCCCUUUGAGUAUUUGGAUGAGGUGGAAAAAUAAUCAGUGUUAAGCUAACAGACUGUCUUUUGGCUCUUGGAUGAACUGGAAUUACACUUAUCCCACUUAUUAGUGACACCCCCGCCCCCACUUUCAACCAGUGUUGGCCAUUAACCCUUUGACACACGAGUGUGCCGAGUGAGGUAAAUGGCAUCAAAUCGGAGCAGAAGCAUCCCUGUGUUGCCACUUUGUAACAAACUGUGUGUCGUGUAGUCUAACGUGCUUUGGUAACAUUUGCGUUAAGCCGGCCGCGGUCCUUCGUGAACUUCAUUAAAACUUCAGUGGCGAGAAAGGUCGCCAACCUCAGUCCUGGUGUUACUGGAAACCAACAAAGCGGACUUCUGGGAACUUCAGUGUUACCAUUUCACGUGAAUUUGCUGACCCUUCUCCUCACGUAAGCUAAUAUUACAAAGUGUUCAGACAGGGGAACAUGGCGCCCGGCUGUUCGAACGCAAAGAAGAGCCUUUAAACCCUUUCGGAGCGUAUGUACAGGGAAAGAAAGUAGCUGUUAAACUGUCGUAGUGACUGAGGUAUGUGUGCUUUUGAUGGCGAACCAGUGAAAGAGUCUGACUUUGUUGAAGUUUGAAUCAAAAACGUGAAAAAUAGACAGAUUGUGAAAAAGAAAAAAACCCCGUGACCGACUGUUACUUUUGUUUGCAGGUGUAUCUGGAGUGUUUGCGCAUGGUCAGGCAUACAUUUGAAUGUACUUUUCAGGCUAACUGCUGUUUGUGAAAUUGCUAUGUCUAAUAAAAAACAAGACAAACCCA